AGGACCUUCCAGAGGGAAAUCCGAGUCCGUCUCCAGUUUUUUACUUUUGUCCACCUUCAUCCUUUUGUCCCCGUGUCCCUCCAUCCCUCCACCAUGGCUCUGCCGGGCCGGUUCUCCGGGUUCUGCUGCAUGCUGCUCUUGUUGGGUCUCCCGAACGCCUGGACCUCAUUCACCCGCGGCGGGAGUCCGGACUGCGGACCCGGGAAGGCCGCUGACUGUCCAGAUCAGUCAGAGAAGAAGAGCGACCUGCGUGUCUGUGAUGCCGGAACGUGUCGCUUUGGAGGAACCUGCAGGGAGAACGGAGCCGACAUCAAGUGUGUUUGUCAGUUCCAUUGUAAUAAGAAGUACGUUCCUGUCUGUGGCUCCAAUGGAGACACGUAUCAGAACGAGUGCUUCCUGAGGAGAGCCGCCUGUAGGAAACAGAGGGCCAUCAGCAUCGUGUCAGAGGGAGCCUGUUACCACGACGCCGGUUCUGGAUCUGGAGACGGAGAUGACGAAGGCUCCGGCCGCGGCAAGAAGGCGUCUAAAUGUGGAAACUGCAAGUUUGGAGCCGAAUGUGAUGAAGACUCUGAAGAUCUGCUCUGCAUGUGUAACAUCGUGUGUAACGGACACAACGACAACCCGGUGUGCGGCAGCAACGGCGUCACCUACGACACGCCGUGUCACGUCCGCGAGGCGUCCUGUCUCAAACAGCUGAAGAUCGACAUCAAACACGUUGGCCGUUGCCAAGAUAAAAACAGGAAGGACGAUGGGUCCAAGUCCAAACCAGACAUCUACGCCGUGUCCAAGGCCGUCAACGAGGACGGGUUUGUGGAGAACCCGGUUCCGUGUCCCAAUGACUACGCCCAGUUCUGUGAACAUGGACAGUGUGAGAUGAUACGCAGCCUGCCCACCUGCAGGUGUGAGGCGGCGUACGGCGGGCCUCAGUGCGACCAGCUGCUGGACUUUAACAUCCUCUACGUUGUUCCCAGCGGUCAGAAGCUUCACUACGUCCUCAUCGCCGCCAUCAUUGGAGCUGUUCAGAUCGCCGUCAUCGUUGCCGUGGUGAUGUGCUUCACCAGGAGAUGCAACAAGUCGAAGCGCGGCCGCAGACAGAAGCAGCACCUGGGCCACUUCCCGUCAGGAACGUCCUCCAGGAUGAUGUAGCCGCCCUCCUUUUCCCUCAUCUUUUUAUAACCGUCCAGUUUUCGUACCACAGACAAACUGCAAUUUUAUAUCGAAUUUUUGGUGCCUCUGUUUUAUUUUUCCCCUUUUUUAUAAGAAAAUAAUUUGUUUUUUUUAAGGGGCCUUAUUUUUUAUGUUAUAUGUUCUUUUGUGCAGCUGCUGCCGUCCUCAGACUCUGAUCACUGUGGAUCCGACAGGAAGCAGAAUCUUUAUUUAUCUGAUUGUACUACAGCUGGGACCACACACACACACACACACACACACACACACACACACACACACACACACAACCACACACACACACACACACACAACCACACACACACACACACACACACUCUCUUUGUUUUUUCUCCACAGUCCUGUUUUAAAGUUUAUGGAUUUCAAAAAGAAGAUAAAACACAAAUUUGAUGAACUUAUACUCUACACAUUAUGGUACCGAAGGAAUUAAGAGGUUAAAAUGACCUCUAGUUUGAAUUAUUUUACAUUCUCAAAUUAUGGCAAAGAAUUAUUUUAAAGACCAAUUUUGUGUUUAGGAACUUUGAUUUUUCCAACUUUAACUGGUUUUAUCGUCACUUUGGAAUUCAGCCUGUAAACAUUCUGAUGUGUUUCUGCCUGAAGACAGAUUUUGGUCAAAAUUAUCAGGUGUGAGUUUUACAUUCCAGCUGUGGUCCCUGAACGCACCACCUUGUUACUCUACAGCUGUGUGGUCCGAUCCCUGAAUGCACCACCUUGUUGCUUUACAGCUGUGUGGACCCUGAACGCACCAUCUUGUUGCUUUACAGCUGUGUGGUCCCUGAACACACCAUCUUGUUGCUCUACAGCUGUGUGGUCCCUGAACACACCAUAUUGGUGCUCUACAGCUGUGUGGUCCCUGAAUGCACCAUCUUGUUGCUUUACAGCUGUGUGGUCCGAUCCCUGGACGCACCAUCUUGUUGCUCUACAGCUGUGUGGUCCCUGAACGCACCACCUUGUUGCUUUACAACUGUGUGGACCCUGAACACACCACCUUGUUGCUUUACAGCUGUGUGGUCCCUGAAUGCACCACCUUGUUGCUUUACAGCUGUGUGGUCUCUGAACACACCAUCUUGUUGCUCUACAGCUGUGUGGUCCCUGAACACACCACCUUGUUGCUUUACAACUGUGUGGACCCUGAACACACCACCUUGUUGCUUUACAGCUGUGUGGUCCCUGAAUGCACCACCUUGUUGCUUUACAGCUGUGUGGUCCCUGAACACACCAUCUUGUUGCUUUACAGCUGUGUGGUCCCUGAACACACCAUCUUGUUGCUCUACAGCUGUGUGGUCCCUGAACACACCAUCUUGUUGCUCUACAGCUGUGUGGUCCCUGAACACACCAUCUCCUUGUUAAACUUGAAACAAACUGAACUAUUGAGUGAAUAAUAGAAACAUGAAUUUUGUCCAAGUUUGAAUGAAUGAAUGAAUCAUUUUGUUAAAAAGUUCACGUUAGAUGAUUUAAUGUCUGAUUCUGAUAUUUUAAGAGAUUUUAAAACUUUUUUUUUUGUAUUUUUUAUAAAUAUUUGAAAAUUUCCUGAAUAAUUUAAAACAAAAACUUGGAUUUUUUUCUGCAAUUUUAACUUUUUUAAUUAGUUUGAAACCAAACAGAAUUCCCAUGAAUCUUUGCUGCUCUCAUUUGGCCCAACCUUUCCUUUUGUCACAAACUUGUUGUACCACCUUAAACUUCCAGGGGGCGCUCUGCAGGGUUUAAAUACUCACAGGAUCAGGAUUACUUCUAUAUUAGCUAUGAUGAGAUGCACCUGAGAACCAAAAUGCUGUUUUUUCUACGUAAACGAGGAACCAGCUGACAUGUACAGGUUGUUGCUAAAUGACUUUUAUCACUUCCUGUCCAGACAACACCAGUCAGGAAACGGAUGCUUGUGUGUUUGGACAGGUGAGGAUAAUUUAAAUGUUUUUAUUCUGAUUUCUAUCGAUGGUUCCAAGUGUUUGUGUUGUACCGUGGUAGAGGCUGUAGAUCCGUAAGCUGGGGGAAGGGUCCUGCUCCCGUCGCUGCUCUGAGAUCAGACUCCUGCGCUUAUGUGAGGCCAGCGGCGUCUGCGGGAUCCAGCCUGAUUUUACUCUAGAUGUUCGUCCUGCAUGAACAGUGAGAUGUUUAGAUUGUGUUUGUAGCUGAACUACAAUUAAAUUAUGAUGUUUGAAACA